AUGUCUUUACAUAUACAGCGCGAAUUCGAAAUCACUGUCAGGCUGAUACAGUCCAAUCUCAUGGGCUUCUCAUUCAUCUUUAUUGGCGCCCUUCUCCUCAGGGUUGUCCGCUCACCCAUGUUGCUGGCGCAGUCUGCAGCGCCGACCAUUGAUACCGUUAUCAUUGGCCUUCUCUGCAACUAUGUUUUUGACAUUGCAAACCAAGCCUCUUCACCUGAAGAAGACUAUUUGAAUAAACCGAGCCGCCCAAUUCCUGCUGGCCUAAUCAGCAUUGGCCAGGCCAAGGUUCGGUGGGUGCUAGCAUGGACUCUCGGACCGCUAUAUAUAUACUAUUGUUUCGGUAUCUGGGCCACUUUACAUCUUUUGCAUUUUCAAGCGCUCACAUUUGCAUGCUAUGUGUGGCCGCGGUGGUAUCCAUGGUUCAUGCGCAAUUAUUUCGCCUCGUUUAGUUAUCUUAUCCUAACGCGACUUUUGAAUCAAGUGCUUGAAAGCCAUGGGCUCGGUUGGGAUAUCGGUGUCUUCAUUGAUCUCAUUGUUACUAUCUGGUUCUUUGGAUCAAUGCAGAUACAGGAAUUCUACGACAUCGAUGGAGAUCGAAAGAGCGGCAGAACAACUCUUCCGAUGCUGCUCUCUGAUCGCGGCCUGACGAUGUUGCGAGCCGGCACGUCAACGUUCAUAGUUGCAUCCAGUUCAGGAUUGAGUCUUAUUCCCUUUUACACAAAGACGUACGGUGUAUUGGCCGUGUCGCUGUGCGCUUUGCAACAAAUUCUAUCUUGUGUUCUUGCAUAUAGAAUACUGUUGUCAAAUUCGGUUCGCAUGGAUAGGGCUACGUAUCAUGUUUACUAUUAUCCAACUGCUCUGUCACUUUUGUUAUUCUUGGGUGUAAUAAUCUAG